GGGAAAAAUCGAGGGAGCGCGAUUGAGAGGGGAGGUUGGUGGGUUUGCCGGAGAGCGACUGAAAAAGGAGUGAACAAGGGGGAAGCGAGAGGCUGGCCGAGAGGGAGGAGCUAAGCUUUUGAAUACUGAAACAGAAGGGGAACGCGACUGGGAGAGGAACAGAGAGAGGGUGGAGGAAGAACUGAAAAUCCUCCCUUUCGCGUCCAUCGCCGGUGACAAGCCCUUUGUUUUCUUUAAGGUCUAUAUCGAGACAGAACAUAUUGUCAUUCAUGCAAUCCAAAAUCAGUUCUUUCUUCAAAAGUUCACCUUCCCAGACUGUACCAAAGCCAUCAAAUCAACCUCCAAUUCUUGAGGAAGGAGUUGAUGAACUCGUGAUCUGGGAGAAGAGUGAGCAUAAAUUUGUCAAUACCUACAGGCGUAGAACUUCAAUAAAUGACGGAAGUGAAGCAAAUAAGGAAUCAGUUCAUGAUAAACUCAUAACCCAAGAUUUAUUCUCGAGGCUGGAAUCAGCAAGAGCUAGCAAAGUACUGAACAAGAAGCGAAGCUAUGCUCAGGUCCAUCUAGAGUUGGGACAAUCUGAUUUUCUUCUCCGUACGUGCUCUACAUGUGGAGUCAAGUAUGCUCCUGGAGAAGAGGAGGAUGAGAAGAACCACAAUGCAUUUCACCAAGACUACACUAGGGGAAUUCAGUUCAAGGGUUGGCGCAGGGAAAGAGUAGUUUCUGUCCCUAGCACCAUAGGUGGACGAGUUGUUUUGGUGUUAGAUUGUGACUCUCCUGCACAGAGAAACAAGGUUAAAGAGGUUGUGAAAAUGAUGGAGAUAGAGCUUGGUGAGGGAUGGAUUCUUCAUAAGCUUUGUAAGGUUUAUCUGUAUAUUUCCUCCCAAAGAGUUGUUGGCUGUUUAGUUUCAGAAUCAAUAAAGGAGGCGUUCAAAGUCAUUUCUUGUUCGGAUGAUGAAAAAUGUCCAGGUGAUAACAUCAACAAAAAAAGAUUGAAGUCAGCCACCCUCCAAUUUGGGGAAAUUAUUUUGAAGAGGGAAGUCAUGAAAAGAGCUAGUUCUGCUCACCAACCUGAAAUGUCCAAUGGGGAUAACAGUGGAGUAAUUUUGUGUGAGAGGGAAGCUACACCUGCUGUUUGUGGUGUUAGAGCCAUUUGGGUCACACCCUCUAACAGAAGAAAAGGUGUUGCCUCUUGCUUGCUGGAUGCCUUGAGGAGAAGUUUCUGGAAAGGGUUUGUUCUGGAGAAAUCGGAGUUGGCAUUCUCCCAGCCAAGCUUAGCUGGAAAAGCAUUAGCAUCCAGUUAUAUUGGAACUCCAUCUUUCUUGGUGUAUAGAACUGACUAUACAAGCUGGUAGAUACCUCUACUUCCAAAAAAUGCACCGGCUUUAUUUGAUUUAAAAUUUUAUUUGCGUUUAUAUUAGUAUGCUACUUUUGUUUUGUAUUUUUAUUCGUUUUAUUAUCAAUGUUAAAAAAUCAUUGCUAUUACUCUU